CUAUGGCAAACCCCUCACUGAAGUUCUUCUUCCUUCUUUUCUCCUUCGCUUGCAUUUUCACUGGCGCCGCACCUUAUUCCAUCGGCGUCAACUAUGGCACCGUCGGUGACAACCUCCCGCCGCCGCCUCGUGUCGCUACCUUCCUCAAGUCCCAAACCAACAUCGACCGCGUCAAAAUAUUCGAUGCCAACCCCGACAUUCUUCGCGCCUUCGCCAACACCGGCAUUGCCGUCACCGUCACCGUCGGCAAUGGCGACAUCCCUUCUCUCGCCAAGCUCCCUGCUGCUCGUUCCUGGGUUGCCGAUAACAUCCUCCCGUUUCACCCUAAAACCAUCAUAAACCGUAUCGCCGUCGGCAACGAAAUCCUCGCCACCUCCGAUAAGUCUUUAAUCGCUCAUCUCUUACCCGCCAUGAAAGCUCUUCAUUCAGCUUUAACCCUUGCAAACAUGACUAACGUUCAAGUCUCCACGCCUCACUCGCUGGGGAUUCUCUCCUCGUCGGAGCCACCAAGCUCGGGUCAGUUCCGACGGGGCUACGACCGGGCCAUAUUUGCCCCGAUUCUCGAGUUUCAUAGACAGACCAAAUCUCCGUUCAUGGUGAACCCGUACCCGUUCUUCGGGCUCCAAGCCGCGCGACCCGAAACACUGAACUACGCUCUGUUUAAGCCAAACGGCGGCGUUUUUGACCAGGCUACAGGGAUUAACUACACCAACAUGUUUGAUGCACAGAUGGACGCGAUUUUCUCGGCGAUGAAGAAGGUUGGAUACGACGACGUAGAGAUCGUGGUGGCGGAAACGGGUUGGCCUUCGAAGGGUGACCCGAAUCAACCCGCGGCCAGUCUGGACAAUGCGGUGUCGUAUAAUGGGAAUCUCAUAAAGCAUGUGAACUCGGCAAAAGGGACGCCAUUGAUGCCAAACAGGACUUUUGAGACCUAUAUCUUCGCUUUGUUCAACGAGAACCUCAAGCUCAGUGUCGCAGAGCAGAGUUACGGGUUGUUUAAUGCCGAUUUUACCCCCAUCUAUGACGUUGGCGUCCUCAAACAUGAACAGGCGCUGAGUCCUACAUCCGGGCCAGCGGCGAUGGGACCAACGUCGGAUUCAGAGAACAAGUGGUGCGUGGCGAAAACGAACGUGAGCGAUGAGGUCUUGCAGAAGAACAUAGAUUAUGUGUGCAGCAAGGGAAUAGACUGUGGGCCCAUAAAGGAAGGUGGGCCAUGCUUUAAGCCCGACACUGUAAGGUCUCAUGCCACAUAUGCAAUGAAUGCAUAUUAUCAAGCUUCCGGCCGGCAUGACUCCGAUUGCUAUUUUGCCGGCACCGGCGUGAUCAGCACCACUGACCCAAGUUACCGGAAAUGUGCAUACGGCGGAGCACGGAGUGGAGCAAAGAGAGGAGAAGGACCAUCACGGGCAGAGACAGGUGGCAGUGUGAGAGGUGGCAGUGUGAGAUUGGGCAGUGAUACUUUCCGUCUCCAACAUAAUAAUGCUGUAGCCUUGGGUUCUUAUGUAGUACUCCUAUUAUUGUUGCACUUUUGUAUGCUUUCUUAAUUCUUGUUGUUAUUGAUAUAUGGAUCUCUGCCCUUGAAUUUUGAGUAGAAUUGUCAUGUGAUGCGACAGUAAAAUGUGAUGCCCUUGU